AAAAUAAAACGUUAGUAUCGAAAGUCGAUUUAUCGAUACAACCACUACACUUUAUAGGUUAGGUAUGUGAUUGUGAGUAAUAAACAUUCCAAUACUUAGUUACAAGCUUAGUGACCUCGUCACAAUCAUUAAUAAAUAAAUUAUCCUUGUGAAUACAUUUAUCUAUAAAAUUAUGUCUAGUGAAUAUGACUAUCAAAUGUGGAUUUACAAGUGUCAAAAAAUUAUUCGACAAGCGCAAAUAAACAGGCUUCGACGCAAUAGGAUUCUACUUACGAUAUCGCUAUUCAAAAAAAAAAAAAAAAUAAAUAUAAAAAGAAAAGAUUUAGGGUACAUCCGUUGUAUAAAUUACGACGAGAACACGGAUUUUUUGAAGCAGUAUUUCUAACACUCUUCAUUCCCUGAAAAAUUCGAAAAUUACAUUCGUAUGUCUGCCUCUCAGUUUGAAGAAUUGCUGUGCUUAAUUGGUCCACAUAUAACUAAAAAAAACGUUGUGAGAGAACCAAUUUCAGCUACCGCUCGACUUGUUAUGACUCUGCGAUAAUUGGCGACAGGAGAUUGUAUGACAUCUAUAUCAUAUCAUUAUCUCGUUGGUGUGACAUCAACCGCAAAUAUCAUUGCUGAAACUUGUCAAGUUAUAUGGGAUUGUCUUCAGCCGAAGGUGUUACCUUACCCUUUAACAACCCGUGACUGGUUAAAAAUUGCAGGUGAUUUUGAUAAAAAUUGGCAAUUUCCUCAUUGCAUUGGAGCUAUUGAUGGGAAACACAUACAAAUACAGUGUCCUGACAAUGCUGGCUCGCUAUAUUUUAAUUACAAAAAAACACACAGUAUUGUACUGCUGGGAAUAUGCGACGCAAAUUAUUCAUUUUUAUUCGUUGAUAUUGGUGCAUAUGGCCGACGUAGUGAUGGUGGCAUUUUUCGUGACUCUCCAAUGGGUCAAAAAUUUGAAAAACAUGAAAUGAAUGUACCGGACGCAGAGUUGCUCAAAGUUGAUGGUAUGCCUUUACCAUAUGUGCUUGUUGGUGAUGAGGCUUUUCAACUAACUGAUUAUCUACUCCGACCGUACCCUGGUAGAGGUGGUCUUAAUAAAGAUAAAACUAUCUUCAAUUAUCGUCUCAGUCGUGCUCGACGAACAAUUGAAAAUUCCUUCGGUUUACUCGUAAGUUUGUGGAGAAUCUUGAAGAAGCCCAUAGAAGCUACAGUGGACAAUACAACUCAUAUAGUGAAAGCAAUUAUUUGUCUUCACAAUUGGCUUCGCAAACGAGAUGAAGAUAAUAAUUACAUACAAGAAAAUAUGGUAGAUUGCCAUGGAGAAAAUGGUUUUGUUCCGGGACUCUGGAGAGAUGAAGUUGGAAAUCAUUCAGCACUCCAAGAUGCAAGAAUUCAUGGGAAUAAUUUUAGUUCUCGAGCCGCAGUAACUAUUCGCAAUGAAUUUUGUGACUAUUUUAAUGCAGAAGGAGCUGUUCCUUGGCAGUAUGAUUGAACAUUGAAAUAACUUUCUUUAAUAUCAUUUAUUCCAAGAAAGAAAAAAAAUAAAUACAAUGUAAAUAAAAAAAAAAAAACAUAGCAUAAGCAAUUACACUUUUUCCAAAUUAUUCUGUUAAUAAUUGAUCAAUUGUACAUUAUUUCCAAGUAAUUGUAAAUAUUACAAAAAUAUAGCUAUGUAUUUUUAAACUUGAAAUUUUAAUUGUAAAAAUUAUUUUUAAAUAUAAUUUACUUUUUCAUUGCAAGACAUACAUCAAAGUUUUUCAUUUAGGUAUGAAAUUACUACAUAAUUUAAAUGUGUAUGGUUUUAUAUUCUUGCACUGUGAAUUUGAAAUAAUAAUACCAAUAACAAUCAUACGGCUUAACUGGGUCGGAAUCGUCACAAUUUUUUGUAAAAAUAAUAUUACAUAAUAAAAGUUAUAAUUGGAUUAAA